AUGCCUCAAAGCCAAGGAACUAUGCAACUACAAGGGAAACCACAUUUCCAACGCGCACGAUCCUCCAGUUCCACCAGUCCAAGCGUCGCAUCGAGCAAUUGGAGUCUCAGUUUGGGACCUCUAGAGCCCACUCCCACCGCGCCUCAGGAUCUGGGAAUCCUCGGAGAUGUCGCGGCGCCAACACAGGAUUUGUCGUACACCAUUGCAAACAACGACCAAGUCGCGACAACGGGCAACUUCACAUCACCAUUCUCGCCACAUGAACUUGCUGCUGAUCCUGUCUUCCUGUUUAACGUGUUCCAUUUAAUGGACCUCGAAACAAACAAGGAUUCAUCCCUAUUACCUGUUUAUUUUGCCGACAUCCCGAACAACAACUCGUUCUUCCGGUCCCUGGGAUUACCAAGGAGCAGCUGGCUAAGCUCGAAUCAGAAGCUCAAGGCUUUCCCAUCGGAGGAGUGCACCAUGUUGGGAAUCGCUAAUAUUAUUCGCUCCAAGAAUUCCGCACCAUUUGAACUAACUCUGGAUAUCAUGUUAGAUACCAGGGAGGCAUAUGAGCUAGUGAAGAAUGCGAACAUUCUCACCAACGAGCGUGUCAUGGAACUAUACCAUCUCCUGGCAGAUGAUAUCACUACGUACAUUUUCUCCGAGCCCGUUCUCGCCUGA